GGAGCGGGAGAGUAAAGGGAGUUGAGGCGGGGGUCGUGUUCCUUCCCUGGGCGCCCACCGUGACCUCCGCCCGCCGAAGCCGCGCCGGGCGCCGUGGGGAAAGGAAAAUAGCGGCCCAGUUCCCUCGUUCCUGUCCCCCGCAUUCCUCUCUGUGGUGCCUCCACUUGCCACCCCUCGCCAGCCCCGCCUCGGUGAAGGCGGCAGCGGGUCAGGACAGGGCUGCCCCAUGCUUAGACAUUGCAUCCCGGCCUCCCGGAGCUGCCCGCUCCCCUCCUGGGCGGGCUGAGCGCCCGGCGCGGCGGUGAAAAACCGCUGAUGGCUGGGUCAGGGGCGCAGCUGCAAGAGCGGGCAGCGGGAUCUGUUCCCUGGGCGAGAGGAGCGGGGCGGCUCUCCUUCCCUGCACCAACAGAGCUCCUUUUCGGAGGGACUUUGUGUCUGUGUGUACGGGGUGGUCGCGGCUGCCAGGCAGCAGGAGCCCCGACGGGUGAGUGCAGCACGGGAGAUCCCGGGGAGCGUCAGUGCCUGCCGCCCGCCGGAGCGGCGGGGCCGGCGGCGUUUGACAGCAGCGCCAGGAGGACACGCCUCUCCUGGCCGAAGCGGCCCCCCCUCCCAACUCGGCGGCGGCGGCUCCGCGCCCUCUUGGCUGGGGCUGCUCCUGCCCCGCUCCUCCCCGGCCAGCGCCGAGGGUGGCGCGGUCCUGGGGAGCGGUCGUUAACUCAUAAAAGUGGAUGCGCGUUAGGACUUACGUGACUGGGAGCGAGCACUUGUGUUGGGAAACUGUUGUGCUGAAAGGAAGAAUUAACUGGUCUUUCAACUUCAGCCUUUUUAUUGUGAGAGGGGAGAUCACAGAAGUGUUACCAUGGGGAGAACAGCAGCUAAAGAUUCAAAGAAUAUUAAAAAAGAGAAAGAUGGAAAGAAUCAGCAGGCAAACAACCCGUCUUUAAAAUGUGGAAGAGGAAAGAGCCUCUUGAAGUUGGAUGAAGAAAGAUGUCUUACAAUGCUCUGGGCUAGCAUCCAGGAAAUCCUGGAGUUACCAGGGGGAUGUGUGAUAAGAAAAGCUGAAAAGGCGAAAUACAGAGAUGUACAAACUGAGCAGUUUAAUUGGGAUGAUUAUCUGAAAGAGACUGAAACAGUAGCUGCCCCUCUGCAUUGUUUCAGACAGUCUAGAAUUCCACCUACGAACGAUUUCAAAGUUGGGAUGAAACUGGAAGCCCGUGAUCCUCGCAAUGUUACCUCAGUUUGUAUAGCUACAGUAAUUGGAAUUACUGGUGCCAGGCUGAGGUUGCGUCUGGAUGGAAGUGACAACAAAAAUGAUUUUUGGAGGCUUGUGGAUUCCUCAGACAUACAGCCCAUCGGAACCUGUGAAAAGAAAGGGGGCAUGCUCCAGCCUCCACUUGGGUUCCAGAUGAAUGCAUCUUCUUGGCCAAUGUUUCUCUUAAGAACCCUCAAUGGAGCUGAAAUGGCACCGGCAACAUUCUUUAAGAAGGAACCACCAAAACCUGUGCCAAACUGCUUUAAAGUUGGAAUGAAACUUGAAGCUAUAGAUAGAAAGAACCCAUACUUGAUUUGCCCAGCAACCAUAGGAGAUGUUAAAGGAGAUGAAGUUUUUGUUACAUUUGAUGGCUGGAGAGGAGCAUUUGACUAUUGGUGCAGAUGUGAUUCUCGAGAUAUUUUCCCAGUCGGAUGGUGUAGCUUGACAGGAGAUGCAUUACAACCACCAGGGAACAAUGUUUCCAUUACAAAGAGCAGUGCAAAAAUCCAAUCUUCCCCUUCCAAAGUGACCCGGCGUUCAAUGCAGUCUCCACAGAAAUCUGCUCCGGUACCAGCGCAACGGGGCAGGAAACCAGGUCGGGGCAAACCCCCUGGACAGUCUGCAGUUCCCAAGAAGGGCAGGUCUCCUAAAAAUAUUCCCCUGACAAAAAGCAUCUCUCAUACUGAAAAUCUUAAAACAAGGAAAAAAAGUUUAAAACCUGGAAAAAAGAAAAAAAUCUUGCCAGAACAAUUGACUCCUGCAUCUCCUUCUCCUCAUUCCUCUCCUGAGAGGGACGGUGGCACUACACAGAUACUUAAAGAUGGAGUUAGUUUGUCUGGUGCAACUGCAGCAGUUAUAUCCACAGUGUGUGUUUAUGUCAACAAGCAUGGAAAUUCUGGGCCUCACCUGGAUAAGAAGAAGGUUCAGCAGCUUCCAGAUCACUUUGGACCAGGUCCUGUCAACGUGGUACUUCAGCAGGCAGUACAGGCUUGUGUGGAUUGUGCCUAUCAAUCCAAAACAGUCUUUGGAUUUCUGAAAUCUGGCCAUCACGGAGGGGAAAUGAUAACUGCUUCCUUUGAUGGGGAAAAGCACGCCAUCAAUCUUCCUUCUGUAAACAGCGCAUCGUUUGUCCUGCGCUUCUUGGAGAAACUCUGCCACAGCCUGCAGUGUGAUAAUCUCUUUAGUAGCCAGCCCUUCAGCCCUUACAUGGGAUGUGCACAUAGUCCUAUGGAGUAUGAUAGGAACAAACCAGCAAAAGAAGAAAUGCCUGAAAACAGGAUUGCUAAACGAUACUCCCAGGACUCUCCACCGUAUAGUGCUCCUCUUUCCCCUAAGCUUCCCAGAAAUGAUGCUCAUCCAUCUGAAGCAGAAACAUUGCCUAUAGAGGAAAACAGCACUUCCAAAGAACACCGAUUUUCUGAGGACUCUCUGGACUCUGCACACAAUUCUGUAAAUCCUUCAAGCCCAACCUGUCAAAAUUCUACAGAGUAUCGUGCUUCAGGAGGUGCACCAUAUUACAGAAAUUCCCAUCAGUCAGUGAAUGCUACCUCCAAUUCAGCCCCAGUCCUGCGCAGGCUGUCCUUGAGCUCUGCUGGGAGCAGCGGUUACUAUGAAGUUAGUAGGAAUCGAAUGCAGAGGCGGAUUGAAGCUGCAAGUUCCACAACUGGGCCAGAUUUGAAUUCACUAAAAAGGGAACCUUCAAGAAUAUUGAAUAAGGAUCCUUCCACCUGGUCAAUAGAAGAAGUAAUGCGUUUUGUGAAAGAAGCUGAUCCACAGGCACUAGCUCCACAUGCAGAACUCUUUAGGAGACAUGAAAUCGAUGGGAAGGCACUACUCUUACUGAGGAGUGAUAUGAUAAUGAAAUAUAUGGGACUGAAGCUGGGGCCUGCCCUAAAGUUGUGCUACCACAUUGAAAGACUUAAACAAGGAAAGUACUAGCCUGUGGGGAUGCACCACAAGUACGUGUGUUUGUUUCGCACUAAGCUCUCAGGUUUACAGCCAUAGCCAUUGGAACAAUUUUGCUGAUCUAAAUCAUCUUGAUUUUUUGAAAGUGCUCUCACAAUGUAAAUAAGACAUUCAGGAUAAAUUGGGGAGGGAUAUAAUCUGUAUUACACUAGUAUUUUGUGAACUGCUUCAGAAGGUUUGCAGGGAAGGACAGGGGAUCAUACUGGGGACAGGCAGGCCAGGUGACAGUGCUCUUCCAAUCCUGUGAUCUCUGUUACAGACUUCAACCAACGUGUUCGUAUUCACAACCAAAACAGCUGAAUCCCAAAGCAAAAUAAUAAAACAAACCAGCAUCAGGUGUUAACAGUUUUUACAAGGGUGGCUAUAAACUUUUAUUUUGCAGGAAAAAUUUAAAACAGAAGGUCUCAUCUCCGUAAUGAAUACUGUGUCUAGUCCUCCAGCAGUGUAAGACUCAAGUAUAUUAUUCUAGAUUAUUCUUCCUAGAUUUCUGUAAAGGAAGUAGCCAUAAGAUUUGUUCAUGGGGGUCGGAGGUGUGGGGAGGUUAGGGUUAUGGAGGAUAGGGCUUAAUACAAAUAUAAGCUUUUAUAAAGUUUGCUUCUCAGUCCUUUGCUAAGUUAUGAGGACAACAUAUUGUCAAUUUAUGCAGGGAAUAAAUACUUUUGUUUCAUGAAAGGGCAUAUUGGCUGUUUAAACCAGCCAUUUCUGGGACAGACUGAUUUCACUGGAACAGCGCAUCCACAUUUUAAACAUUCCAUCUUUCUGCCAAGUUUGGCAUGGAUAUGUGUGUUCAUGCUCUUUAUAUAUACAUUUGUAUGUGUCAGGGAAAUAUAUACUAUAUAUAUAAAUAUACAUACACACUGUAUGUAUGUAUUCAGUUUUUUUAAUGUGUACUUUGCACUCUGUCAGAGAAAACUGUACAAUUUCUUGUUUACCAGUAAAUUUGGUUGUGUACUACUUCCAUACUCAUUAGCACCUGUUUAAAUUUUUUUUGUUCAUUCUUGGAGUCAGAAGGUGACAAACAAUCAAAGGGUGGUUUUAUUCAUACAGGCAGGAUUCCUGUACUAUGCAAUACUCUUGGUUAUUCAUCCCUUAACUCUGAGCCAUAUAUUCUGGUAUAUUUCUGGAAAGAGGCAUUUGGUUCCAGUGGUUUGGGCUUAUAUUUCCUAUUAGGAAGUGCUACUAUGUAACUAAUAAGCCUUUUUUGGGUAAAUUUGGUGCUGUUUGUAUAAGCUGCAAGAAUGAGUGGUGAUAAUAUAGCAGUUUGUUGUCACUGCCGAUUGUAAUGUACAUCAGGGACAAGAAAAUAUAUUUUCUGUGUAGGAAACUGAAUGUACUGUAUGUAAUAGUGUGAGUGAUAAAAACUAUUUCCUAGGGAAGGUCUAGUCUUAAAAUGGUAGAUUUAUUAUAUUUCUUACUGCCUUUUUAUAUGAAAGCAUAUAGUAUAAAAGUAUUUUUUACAAAUUCCUUUUCUGAAAAUGCCUUGCUUUACCAAUAGUCUGAUAUUCCUCAGGUUUGAGCAGAGAUACUGCUGCAGAAUAAUUUUUGUGGCUCGUAAGUGUCCCAAGUAUUUUGUUAGCUUAAGUGACUGCAUUGUAAUUUGAAUUUAUCAAGUCAUUUGGAUUUUGAGAACUGUUUUUAUGAUUACAUCAUUUGACACUAAAGGUUAUCUAUAUCGAUUUGUUUUGUGUAUCUUUUGUGGUGCAUAUAUGCUUAGAUGAAUAAUACAAGCAUGCCCUUUUUAGUAAGAAAAGGUCAGAGCAUUGAUUAAAGAAACAGAAUGUUUUCUCUUUCUGUUAGGAAAAUCCUGACUUGAUUGUCGGCAUAACCAUAUGAAAGUUAGUUAUAUGCUGACGAAAACAUCGUGCCCCACAUGUUCAGUGUAUUGUCUAUACCUUACUUCUUCCAUGCUAUAUUAUGUUGAUUUUCAGAGUUCUUCAGUGUAAAAAGAUCCCACACAAUUUAAGUGGAAGUAAUUGACUGAAAACAGUUUUCAUUUUUUACGUUGCCAUUGGCAUAAGAAAAACAAAGAUGUUUAAAUUUUCUGUUUGGCCUUUAUGGAAUGACAUUUUUGUACAUGGCACUGUUUUGAGUAUAAAUAUUUGUUCAAGGCUUUCUGUACACCCAUAUGCACAGGGAUUACUGUGAUGUUGCAGUGCCUGGAUUUCACAGUGUGCUGUAGUGUGAGAUUCAAGUGUUCAGUGUUGUAGCAGAAUAUAUUUUUUAUUCUUUAUUUCCAAUGGGAUGUUCUUAUCUAUCAACAAAAAUAAAAUAGUUUGUUCAUUGUUGUAA